UCCUCGAAAUGACAAAGUCUCAUCUUUACGAGAACAAGUAGUCAAGCAAGACACAACUCAAUAACAGUAUUGCGUUCAAAAACAGAGUCUUCACCAACAAUGUCUUCAAUCCAAUGGCGGAAGGGCGAUUUGAUCGGUUCAGGGACCUUUGGCCGUGUUUACAUGGGCAUGGAUACUGAAUCCGGAGCGCUCAUUGCUGCUAAAGAGGCUGACACUAAGGCCCUCCAAGAAGAAAUGGAGCUUCUAGAAAACCUGUCUCAUCCAAAAAUUGUUAGGUAUUUGGGGAUGGAAAUGGAGGAUGAAACCGUGACUAUGUUGUUGGAAUAUGUCCCUGGUGGAUCCAUACAAUCACUUCUCGAGAAAUUUGGAUCUUUCUCCAUUCCUGUGAUAAAAACAUACACUAAGCAGUUGUUGCUGGGACUAGAAUAUUUACACAAAAAAGGAAUCAUACACGGGGACAUUAAGGGAGCAAAUAUCCUUGUUGAUAAUAAAGGACGCAUUAAACUAGCAGAUUUUGGGGCAUCCAAACAGGCAACCAGUUCUUCUGCAAAGCCUACAAGGGGUACGCCAUAUUGGAUGGCUCCUGAAGUCGUUCGUGGGACUGGUCAUAACUUGUACGCAUAAUUAAUAAACACCCCCCACAAACCACCAACCCCAACACCCCCUGA